CUGAAAUCAACUAGACCGCGCAAAUGUCCUCAAGGUAAAGCUGGAGGCGCCACUUCAAACAGGGGAUAUGCCAUAUCAACGCCCAAUUUUUGAGAGUUGACAGUUACAACUUACCACAUUUCAUAAAAAAAUCCUGUGUUUAGGAAUUGCAAACGACUUCCACUCCCAAUGCCGCAUAAAACUAAAAAACUAAAAGGAAAAUAUCAAGAAUCAAGUAGCAACAAUUCUUCAUCAGAGAGUGAAUACGAUUGGAAACAGCCCGAUAGAAAUACACAAGAGCAAUUGAAAAAGGAAGGUGCAUUAGAGGAGCGUGGUUGGAUUACUGAUGUUGGAUCUAUGGAUAGUUUCUUUGAUACAUUUACCUCAAAAUCAGGCAGGAAUAAAACGAAAAAUGUUAUCCAAGAGACUUCCAAAGCAAAUGAGCUCAAUCCAUAUUUUAAAGAUGGUGGGAGUGGUUUACCUACUAAUGAACGUGCUUCUAAAUCUAUACUAUCAAAGGAAAAUCACUCAUGGUUACACAAGUCAUUCAAUCGUUGUGUCGAAACAUCAAAAGAGACUGGUGUUAAUUUGAGAGAUAUACUGCUUCAGCGUUGGGAUGCAAAUACCGUAGAUGAUAUGCUUAGGACAUUCGGAGAUAGUGCAUCAGGUGCUAAACCACGCUGGCGAAAAUCUCAAUCUUUCAAUUCAUUACCGUCUUCAUCACUCCCUCCUUCUUCCUGUUCAAAAGAUCACUCAUCAGAACGUAUUGAACCAUUGUCGAAAAAAGAUGAAAGAUCUCCAGUAAACUCUGUCGAUGAUCAACAUAAAACUUUUGAAGAACGUUUAGUCACAAAUGAUGACAUAAAUUCAAUGGCUGCAAAGGUGAUGCGUGCAGAAUUGGAGUCAAAUCCGACUAAAGUGGCAAAAUUAAAGGCAAAUCUAGACAAAUUACGUGAAGCUAUGCGUCGUGGAUUGAAAGUACGACUUCAUACAGUACAGAAGAAGGCAACUAACAAUUCAGUAGACGAUAAUCAAUCUCGAGUGAUUGAAUUAACUCGUUUAAAUGACCAAGGUGUUGAAAUGCCAGUACAUAUACAAAAUCUACCCGGAGCUCCAGUAUCUGGUAAUGAUAAAAGACUAAAACGAUUUAAAACGCAUGAUUCAUCUGGACGUAGAACAGCUUUCUUCCUUGAAGAUAAUAAAAAUCAAGACGUUACUGAUAUGAUUCGCGAAGAACGUCUGCGGUCAGCCGGUGACAUGGAUGUUGAAUUUUCAAAACUUGCUGACAAGAAUGUAGAAGAUGAAUAUGGAGAUGCUUUUGUCAAAAAACGUGUACAUUCUGAAAGGGAAGCAAUAAAAUGUAAACAAGAUGCUGUAUCAUCCUAUAAAAGAAGAAUGUUCGCUGAAUCGAGGUGUUCUACGUGUUUAGAACGUGUUCCUAAGUAUUUAAUUGUUAGUCUUGGAGAAAAGGUAUUCUUGUCUUUGCCAUCGUAUAUAAGUAUGGUGAGUGGUUAUUGCCUGAUCACCCCAUAUGAACAUAUCGGAUCAAUUACUCGAUUAGAUGAAGAUGCUGUAAAAGAGAUUCGGAAUUUUAAAUGUCAACUAACUGCUAUGUUUGAUAAGCAUUACAAUGAAUCAGGCUGUGUUUUUAUCGAAACUGCCACUAAGUCAGAUGGGUUUCGUUAUCAUACACAAGUAGAGUGUAUUCCUGUUCCAAGAAAUCUAUAUCGUUCACUACCUGCCUACUUUAAGAAAGCCCUCAGCGAAAUAGGUUCUGAAUGGGAUCAAAACCGUCGUUUGAUAACAAUUAAACCAGGCGGAUCUGGAGCAUACGGUGUGAUUCCACCGAAGUUUGCUUACUUAGCUGUAGAAUUUGGGACUGUUGAUGGUGGCUUUGCACGCAUCCUGGAUGAAGAGCAUGAGAUAUCUGCAUAUACUGGUCGCGAGAUUGUAGCCGGUGCUCUAAAUAAGGAACCACUUCUUUGGCGAAAACCGAAACCUGAAAGUUUUGAACACUUACGUGAAAAAGUCGUCGCAUUCGAAUCCGUGUGGCAUUCCUUUGAUAAGUGGCAGGACAAUUAUCCAAAUAAUCUAUCAAAUGAUAUAAAAAGCAACUAUGGUAAUUCUUUAUCUAAUGAUGAACCUGAAGGUCCGGCUCUACCACCGGGAUAUUAG